AUGCCAGACAGGCUUGCAGCUGCCAUAUGGGAACUUGGUCCGGAGAUUUUCCGGUGGUUCUUUAUGGGGGACAUGAGCCCUGCUGAUGUGAAAUCAUUUUGGGACCAUACUGCUGAAACUUCUGCUUGGUUUCGUGAGCAUCCUUUGGCUACGUUUCCCAACCGUGAGAAACUGAUCCCUUUUGCCUUCUAUGGCGACGAAGUGAAUGUUUACACGAAUGCUGAGAUGGGUUCGCUGGAAGUGCUGUGCUGGAGUUCGGAUUUAUCAUUCAAACAUCCGCCCAUGGCACGUUACCUCUUGCUUUGUGUCUAUUCAUCGCACACUGCCAGUGACUACACCUACACAGAUUUGAUGACUGCAAUCAUUGCGCGAGUCAAAGAUAUGGUGGACCCAAACAAAACUUUUCCAUGGAGCAAGCAGUUCCAGUUCAUGUUCAGUAGUUGCCAAGGUGAUCUGAAAUGGCUGAAUGAGAAACACGGAAUGCACAUAUAUACCAGGAACUAUUUUUGUUCCUGGUGCAAGUGCUGCAAAAAACACCAGGAUGUCAGGUAUACACUUGGUGAUAUGCGGGAAACUGCCCUUCAUCGGCAAACUCGGGUCAGCCAUGCUGACUUUUUGAGAGACACGCCGCCAGAUGCCAGAUCUGUGAUUUUUGGUGUGCCUGGGGCCCACUUAUCUCGGAUGCUACAUGACGUGGCACACAGCCAACUUCUCGGCACCGGAAAGGUGACCAACGGAUACUUGCAAGCACUAGACUAUAACUAUAGGAGCACAGUUUCCAAGCGAGUUGCCGAAAGGUACCUUGCCAAACUUGGUUUGUUCAUUGUGACGCGCUAUGCACUUGGAUGA